AUGCUACGUGAUGAUCAAAAGGAAACACAUAAAAAUGUACCGGAUAAAGCUGCGAUGAGGGACAUGGCCCAAGAAAAUGUCAAAUGUGACACCUGUAAACAUGUUGGUCCAUUUGCAGAAAUAAAGAGGUUACACACAGAAGGAGGAUGUGACAAUGCUGAGGGAGGAUAUGACAAUGCCGAGGGAGGAUUUGACAAUGCCGAGGGAGGAUUUGACAAUGCCGAGGGAGGAUUUGACAUUGCCGAGGGAGGAUUUGACAAUGCCGAGGGAGGAUAUGACAAUGCCGAGGGAGGAUUUGACAAUGCCGAGGGAGGAUUUGACAAUGCCGAGGGAGGAUAUGACAAUGCCGAGGGAGGAUUUGACAAUGCCGAGGGAGGAUUUGACAAUGCCGAGGGAGGAUAUGACAAUGCCGGGGCAGGAUGUGACAAUGCCAAGGGAGGAUGUGACAAUGCCGAGGGAGGAUUUGACAAUGUUGGUUGUACAUGGCAAUGUACCAUAUGUUAG